AAAUCUUGCAGCUCUUCUAUAUCUUCCUUGGCCCAAUGUUAUAUUCAAUUAGAGCAGGCCCCUCCCCUUAACUGAUGACACUGACAGACCCUCCUUAAGUUGCGUCGCGCCACAGCUGUCUGCAAGCAUUGAGCUGCCUGGCGCCAUCCUGAAAGAAUGCCUUCACUGUAAAAAAAAAAAAAAAAAAGAGAGAGAGAGAGAGAGAGAGAGCGAUAGAAAAGGAAAAAAAGAAGGGGGACUGGAAGGAGCAAAAGAGAGAGAGAGAGCAAGCGAGAGAGAGGUAGGGCAAGGGUGAGUAAGCAAGAGACUCACAGACCUAGAGGGAAAGAGAGAGAGAGGAGCGGAGUUAAUGGAGAGGGCUUCAACUGCGCACAAACAGAGAUUUGAUCAGUGAGUUUAACUUGCUGGUGCUGGUCAGUGCGCAGUGAAGCCAUCCACUGCAAACAAGCCCUGCCUGCACCCUGUGCGAGCCUCCGCUACUUGUUGAGCUGAAACACUGACUUUUUUUUUUCUCGCUGUUUGUUUGCUAAGAGGAAGAAGUUCAGGAGCUCUGCGUGGGACCGGAUUCCAUUUUGGACGUAUUUCUAUGACAGCACCUCAGUUGCAUUUGUAAUGUUGGGUGAUCGGAAGCAAGCGCGGAACCUGUGGAUUUAACAAACACGCGGAUUUGGGACAGUUUAUUUCUUAUCUUUUGACUUGUACCAGUUUGCUUCAGCGUGCAUGAACAUUUGCUAAAGCAACGAAAAAAUAUAUCUAAAGAAAUCAAGCGAUGGAAGUAAGUGCGGACCAGCCACGAUGGAUAAGCCAUCAUCCCGCAGUGAUGAACGAACAGCAUCCUGGCUCGCAUCACCCGGGCCUCGGCCACUCAUACAUGGACCCUUCGCAGUAUCCCCUCGCUGAAGAUGUGGAUGUACUCUUUAAUAUCGAUGGACAGGGGAACCACGUCUCUCCAUACUAUGGAAACUCUGUCCGAGCCGUCCAGAGGUACCCUCCUCCUCCACACAGUAGCCAGGUGUGCCGUCCCUCAUUACUGCACGGCUCUCUGCCCUGGCUGGAGGGGAGCAAAGGAAUCCCCCCGCACCACAGCACUUCUCCCUGGAACCUGAGCCCCUUUCCCAAGAACCUGCACCACGGCUCCCCGGCCAGCCUGUCCGUCUACCCCCCAGCCUCAUCCUCCUCCUCCCUGUCUACCGGUCACUCCAGUCCACACCUCUUCACGUUUCCCCCGACCCCUCCUAAAGACGUAUCCCCGGAUCCGGGCAUAUCUACCCCCGGCUCCAGCAGCUCCGGGCGGCAGGAGGAUAAAGAGUGCAUAAAGUACCAAGUGACCCUGGCCGAGAGUAUGAAACUGGAGUCAGCUCACAGCCGGAGCGUGGCAUCAAUCGGAGCAGGGUCAUCCUCUGCCCACCACCCCAUCGCCACAUACCCACCCUAUGUCCCUGAAUACGGCCCAGGCCUCUUCCCACCAAGUAGCCUGAUAGGUGGGUCAUCUUCUAGUUAUGGUUCCAAAACAAGACCAAAAACAAGGUCCACUUCAGAAGGUAGAGAGUGUGUGAACUGCGGGGCCACGUCGACUCCGCUGUGGAGGCGGGACGGUACGGGUCACUAUCUGUGUAACGCCUGCGGACUCUAUCACAAGAUGAACGGGCAGAAUCGCCCUCUCAUCAAACCCAAGCGACGGCUGUCGGCAGCCAGGCGGGCAGGGACGUCGUGCGCAAACUGUCAGACGACAACGACGACGCUGUGGCGGAGAAAUGCCAACGGGGACCCGGUGUGCAACGCCUGCGGCCUGUACUUUAAACUGCACAAUAUCAACCGACCUCUGACCAUGAAGAAGGAAGGCAUCCAGACCAGGAACAGGAAGAUGUCCAGCAAGUCAAAGAAGAGCAAAAAGGCCCAAGAUAACAUGGACGACUUCUCCAAGAGCCUGAUGGACAAGACCAGCUCAUUCAGCCCGGCCGCCCUGUCCCGCCACAUGUCAUCCUUCCCCCCCUUUUCGCACUCUGGCCACAUGUUGACCACCCCCACACCCAUGCACCCCUCCUCGAGCCUCCCCUUCACCCCGCACCACCCUUCCAGUAUGGUCACAGCCAUGGGUUAGAGUUCCCCACGGUGCACCACUCCUGAAUCCUCGGCCUCGCCACCACCGCACCCUUCGGUACCUCUGCUGACCUGCUUCCAUAUCCUGAACGACAAACUGCUUCUCGGUCCGAUCUAAGCUCCCCAGUCUCACCGCCGAGCAACGGCGUGUGAGUGUGACAGGCUUUAGGCUCCUGUUCUCCUCAGUUGUAUCUUAUUUUUAUAAAAAUCGAAGUGUACCUCUGCGAUGUGAAUGCUUUGCAGACUUGACUUGACUGUGGCGCACUGACCUCCAGGGGGAUGUUUUUUUGUUUUCCCUCCUCCCCGAGCCGCCACCACCACAUUGAGGCUGUCCUCCCAGCUGAUCCACACGAUAAGGAGCUCCAUUUGUGUACAAAAAGCCAUUUUUCCACACUUGACAUCACAAAAAAACUGACAUUAAAAGAACUUUUGUGACGCCCUCUUCCUCAAUGUCCAAACCCGACUCUCUUCACCUUGCACCUGUGUAACAGGAACCCCCCCCCCCCCCCCCACCGCCCCCUUCCCGCUCCCUUGCUUCCUCUCCCUCUUCUCCUCCUUCUUCUGCUGAAGAUGAGGAGAGACAGACGUUGAAUAUAUUUGUACAAAUUGUAUGAAAUACAGUACAUUUAAUGAAGACUUUUUAAUUAAGUAAGAAAAAAAGGAAACAUGCCCCUGGGCAGCUAACAACAAGAAGGGUACGAGUCGCAGCAGGUGGAGAGACUUGCCGCCGGAGGAGUGAGGAGAGGCUGCCUCCGAGUCCCGGAGGAAAGAAAAAAAAGGGAGGAGGAGGUGAGGGAAAGACUUUUGAGAAAGGGCAGGCCUCGGUUUUUGCCUGCAUGAAUUGUGUUGCAUUAAGUUUGCAGAGAGUCAGCGGCUCCGGCUGCAGGCAUCUCUCUUCUUCUUUUUUUUUUUUUUUUGGAUGUGCUAUAGGUCUCGGGCAAUUGGUUUGUGUUGAAGCGCGCACGUACAAGCACACACAUACAUGCACACACUUACAUGCACGCACACACUCGCACACACUCGCACACACUCGAUCACCUGAAAGACUUUCUUCCUGCCCACAGAUUAUAUGCAUUGUGAAAAAAGUUCCUGUAUUUGUUAUUUGUAUGUAUAAAUCAGAGUACCAAAAAUACGAAAGAAACAAAGAUGUAGAAUUAUUUCUUUAUGUUAUGCAGACUGAAUGGUUGUAAAAAAUUUAAUAAUAAUCACUAGUGUAAAAUAUGACUGCUUUUUUUGUUUCGUAAUUUUUUUUUUCCUCUUUGAAAAUAAUAAACUAGUUUAAUCUCUGUUGACAUGUUA